GGGUUCGCUUGUCUUUAAGCGGUGCUGGGGGUGCUGGGGGUUGUGGCCGCGGCUCCGCGGAUGUGUUGAGUUUGAUCCCGUCACUCGGGGGUUCACACCGCGGGCCCGGCAGGAAGCGGCUGCGUGUCCGGGUGUUGUUUUGCGGUGUGAGGGAAGCGGCGCAGGGGCAGCGCAGCCGUUAGCUUGGGUGCUAAUGAGAUUGAAGGCUGGGCAAAGCGAGGAAUUAAAGUGAAUGUUAAUGAUUUCACACGGGAAUGUUUAACUCCUCCCGACCGCAGCCCGCAGGGGGAAGCAGACGCGGUCAGUAACUGAACACAGGCAGCAAACUGACAGCAAAAUUCACACAACAGUUUAAACUCUCAUCUCCUUUCCAUGGCUGCACUCCGGAUGACGUCACAGUCGUGAAGCAGGAUGACGACAGCAGCACGGCCAACAUUCGAGCCCGCGCGCGGUGGGCGGGGCAAAGGAGAGGGCGACCUGAGCGCGCUGUCCAAGCAAUAUUCCAGCAGAGACCUUCCGGGUCACACCAAGAUCAAAUACAGGCAGCCCACCCAGGACGCCCCUGAGGAAGUGCGUGCUCGUGAUUUCAGGCGUGAGCUGGAGGAAAGGGAGAGAGCAGCUGUCAAGAACAGAGACAGAGGAGCAAGAGAACACACCUCUUCUUCCUCCUCCUCUUCCUCAUCUAAGCGCCCUCGCCUCGAUCAGAUUCCAGCUGCAAACCUCGAUGCAGAUGACCCACUCACUGAUGAUGAUGAAGACUCUGACUCCGCCUCGGACAGUGAUGACGACACCGCUGCCCUGCUCGCUGAACUUGAGAAAAUCAAGAAGGAAAGGGCAGAGGAGCAGGAGAGGAAAGAGCGGGAGCAGAAAGCGGAGGAGGAGCGGAUUCGGAUGGAGAACAUUCUGAGUGGGAAUCCACUGCUCAACCUCGCUGGGCAACAAACACACACACAGAACACCUUCACUGUCAAACGCAGGUGGGAUGAUGAUGUGGUCUUUAAAAACUGUGCUAAAGGUGUGGACGAGUCUCGGAAGGAGAAGCGUUUUAUUAACGAUACUCUACGUUCUGAAUUCCACAAAAAGUUUAUGGAGAAAUACGUCAAAUAACCCACAUGACCUUUGACCUUUUAUUCUGUUUCACAUUUUCUUUUGACUCUUCUCAUGAUUUGUUUUUCAUUGUUGUGUAUAAUUAAAACUUUUGAUUUCUUUA